AUGGCCACUUCCAAUUCGGCCGAUCAAGCGGGCAACUACUUCCAAACAGACACCUCUCUGGCUGAACUUGAGCGCAAGCGACAAAAGGCAGCAAAUACACUUGGAGACCCAGUCAAUUUUCCAAGCAAGAUAUUAGCCGUCGCCAUCAAUCACUACUUCGACCCGACAGGUGAUGUUGUCUUUGUGGCCGAAGCCGGCGGGCUCGUCAGUGGCCUACGAUUAUCCACGAAUGAGUUAUCUACAACACCAAGGGGUCCCCAAGCGCCGCUGACCAGCUUGGCUUUCCAUGCCGGCCACACCCCUGCAGCAGGCGUCACUGCUUCGCACGUGCUCAGUGGCUGCUGGGACAAGUCAAUAUGGAGAUACUCGUUCCAAGGCAGUAAUGUCAUUGACGAGUCUUCAUUUCCAGCCCACAGAGAUUUCGUAAAGUGCCUGCUCGUAGCCCCGACUCCAGACAAACAGCAGGUCAUAAUAUCCGGCGGGGCUGACGGUGAUAUCCGGUUCUGGAGCUUGGCUGGCCAAUCCAUUGGGUCUAUCAAGCCUGGCGCUCGUGGUAUCGAAUGUCUUGUCCUAGAUCCUCUGUCUUCGCCCGACUCACCUGGGGUAUUCGUCUCGACCUCGAAACAGGAAAUCUUCUCCUUCGCCAUUCCAAGCCUAUCAGAUAUCACAGCGCACAAAUUCGCGUUGACGCCGCCUAUUCUGGCACACGCUACUAGUGUAUACAAAUUACACUUCGACGACGAUGGCGACCUCUGGACAGCAUCUGCCGACAAAACAGCAAAACAUCUCCUAAGGACAGACGGUUGGAAAGUCGAAACCACAUUGGCCCAUCCCGAUUUUGUGCGGGAUGUUGUCACUCAUGGAAGGUAUGGCUGGGUGAUAACGGCGUGCAGAGACGAGAACGUCCGCGUCUGGAACACAGCGACGGGGGCUCUAUAUCACGUCUUCACUGGACACUAUGAAGAGGUGACGGGGCUUGCUCUAAGUGGAGAUCUCGUCAUCAGCGUGAGCAUUGAUGCAACCCUUCGGAGAUGGAGUCUGGCGCCAGCGGAUUUGAGUAAGGCGGUGGAGGAGGCGAGACAUCCCAAACUCCUUGAGCAAGAGCCCGAACCGAAGACGGAUCUGGGUAUGCUGACCGAGGAGGAAGAAGCUGAACUGCGUGCAUUGAUGGAGUCAGAAGCACAGGAUACGUUAGAGCGGAUGGCCAUGGAUGAACAAUAG